AUGGCACCCACUACCCGCACAACCAGAUCAAAACCACCCACCAACGCCCAACCCUCACCCCCCAAAACCUCCUCCCCAGAACCCACCGCCCCACGCGCCCCUCCCAGAAAAAAACCCCGACACCCGCCCAAGAAAACCCCAUCAGCACCCAACCCCCCAGCCAAAAUCACCCACCUCAUCCUCGAAGACGUCAACGACAGCAAAAUCUUCCUAGACAUGUUCUACUGGCCCGGCGCGGACCUGACCCGGAUCCACAUCCUAGAAGUCCACCUCGACGCGACGAAACCCGACGAGUACGCCGACUACCGCCUCGCCCGCGCGCUGAACGAACUCCACCCGCGUGUCGAUGGCGUGAAUCCGCAUGCUUUGCACGCUAUUAAGCUGGUUGUCAAGGGUAAUGUGCUGGUUACGCGCCAUAGCUAUUAUCUCGCUUCGCCGGCACUGUCGCAGCAUGUGAGUGGGGCGUUGAAGAGGCUUGCUACGGGGGGGUUGGCGGAGCAAGAGAGAGCUGAGCUUGCGUUUAAGGUUCGUAGCUCUGAGAAGGUUGUUGCGAGGGCUUUGUUGGGGAUUCGCGGGGUGGGGCGGGUUGUGGUUGAGGGGAAGGGGAAUGGGAAGAUGGAAGGCCGGUUUGCGGAGACUGUUAGGGCGACGUUGGUUCAGCCUGUUGGUGCUGGUGUUGUUGAGCCGGAUGGGGAAAUGGAGAUGAAACUGUCAAAGGAGUUGUAUGGUGAAGGGGUGUUUGCUUCUGCGGCGUGUUUUCGUGGAGAAUACCGUAUGUUUUCCGCCGAGGACGGCAAUUUGAGUUACGACUCCGAUUCUCUUGCUGAAGAGAAGCGCUACCUCGUCGACGAAAAGGAACAAUCACUCGACUACUCUCUCCAAAGUACUUCUCGGUCCAGCACGCGAAUAUCCACACAAAAGUUCGACUUUCACGCUGAUUCUGAGCACAUGUCCGAUGCAGCUCCGAACAAGUGGGAAAGAAGCGUGAACGAUCUGGGGAUGGAAAGUAUGGUCCGAGUCAGGGCGCAAAAACAAGAUGUUGAGGAUGGGGGGUUGAGUAACAUGUGGGAGGAGGCUGAGGAGUACGAUCCUUCUUUAGUUGUGACUGGGAAGGGAGGGACAGUGGAGAUGGGGUGGAAAGUGCGGUAG